AUGAAAACGCUGAAAAUUCCCAAUAUGAAUAAAAGUAAACAUAUUCAUAUGGAAUUUAUAAGAAAAUUUUUAUUACUCGCUGGUAUAUGGCCAAUAGACACCACUGGCUUCAAACUUUUUCUUUACAAUGCUUAUUUUUACGUCACGUUUACUUUUUACGUACUAAAUGUGGGUACCAUUUACAUAACGGCUAAGCAGGUUGCAACGACUGGGAAACCGACUGAAAUUACCAAUUACAUAUCGAACGCUGUCUUUGCUACGUUAUUGGUUUAUAAAGCAUUGGUAUAUAGAUCUUCGGGAGUUAAGAAGAUAUUAGAACACAUUAAAACAGCCGAGGAAAAAAUUUUAAACAUUGAAGAUGAAACAGUUAAACUAAUUUAUAGAAAAAAUGUCGAUUCUACUGAUUUUUUCGCAAAAAUCUAUAUUUAUCAAGGGAUAGUAAGUUCUUUUUCUGCCCAAAUAUUUCCACUGAUAUGCACAUUGAUGAGUACUGCAAACGAAGACGGUAUAAAACAAAAGUACUACAUCGUAGCCAACUGGGUGCCAUUCGACAAAUACGAAUAUUAUUACACAACUUAUGUUAUCCAAUUUAUUUUCACCAUUUACGCAGAAAUGUAUAUCAUCUUCUGCGGAACUUUCUUUCUGUCUAUUCUCAACAACAUAUUUGGACAAAUAUUAGUACUAGAAGAUAAUAUCAAUAAGAUUUACGGAAAAGCUAAAAUCCAGUGCGAAAAUGACAGAAACGAAUUCAAGCAAGCAUGCAAUUACUUUGCGAAGCAGUGUAUUCAAGAACACCAAAAUAUUAUUAGCUUAGUUCAACAACUUGAUGAAACAUUUCAGAAUUAUAUCUUCGUAGAUUAUAUUUUUACAUCUUUCGGUUUAUCUAUAGUUGUUCUACAAUUUUUACUAGUGAGUAUUUUUUUAAUGAAACGAAAUAAUUAUUAAUAACGAAUUUAAUCAUAGGAAGAAACUCUACAAAUGAAAAUAGCAGCAAUUGGAUUUUUCCUAGCGUUCGCUUCACAAUCACUUAUAAUUUAUUAUAACGCUGACAUUGUAGCAAUAGAAAGUAGCCAUGGUCUUUCUUUAGCGAUAUUUCGAAGUGAUUGGUUUCAACUAGAUUCGAGCGCCAUACACAUGCUGCAAAUCGUUAUCGUGAGAGCUCAAAAACCACUCACGCUCUCUAUUGGACCUUUUAAAAAAGUUGGCGUCGAAUCUAUGAUCGCUUUAUUCAAAGCGACAUAUUCUUUUUUGUCAGUUAUGUGGUAA